CCGCAGCGGUCCGGCGCCACACAACCGGAUCCAUGAGCGACGCGUACGUCUCCCUGGCGGUUCUGGGGGCCGCGGUGCUGCUCAGCGAGGCGACCCGCGUCGCGGCAGCGCGCCUCCUCUCCGGAGUCCACCGGACGCGCGUCCUGGAGGCGGCGUCCACCUUCCAGCUCUGCUGCUGCACCCACGAACUCAAACUGCUGGGCGAAGCGGCGCCGCUGGCCCCGCCGCUCGGCCUCGCCCUCACCUACGCCGUGACGGUCGUCCACCUGGGGACGUUCCGCGGGGCCACGUGCAGCCCCAUCGGGGCCGCGGAGAGCGUCUGCCGCGGGAAGAGCGGCGCCGCGGCCGCCGCCGCCCUCGUCGCCUGCCAGUUUGCGGCUGCGGUCGCCGCGCAGUUUUUCGCCACCGCCGUCUGGUCGCUGGGUCUCUCCGAGGUCCACGUGCGGCACCAGAGGUUCGGGUUCCGGUGCUUCGACCCCCUCGGCGGGACCCUUCGGGAGGCCGCGGCCGUCGAGCUGGGCUGCGCCUUCGCGGUCCAAGCCGCCGCCAUGCACGCGGGCGCACUGGACGAGAACCUCCGCGCCCACUUCCUGGCCGCAGUUAUUCCCGCGGUGUUUUCCGCAGGUGGAGGUAUUUCUGGAGCUGUCUUCAACCCCGUCCUGGCCUUCUCCGUCCAGUUCCCCUGCAGCGGCCACACCUACCCGGAGUACUGCUUCGUCUACUGGCUGGGCCCCGUCUUAGGGGUGGCGAGCUGCGUCCUGCUGUUUGAGAAGGUCGUCCCCUUCCUCUCCGGGAAGACCCCCGUCGCGCCGGACGUCCCCGUCGUCCAGAAGCAGAAGACCCAGUAGCGUCCUCGACGUGAGACGUUUGUGCCUUACGCUUUUAAUCCCAUGACACCAGCAUGCAGUUAUUUGCUGUUCUUGUCUGUAAGAUGAUGCUGUGAUUAUAGCACGAGGAGGCCUGUGACGUCUGGCCGCUUAAAACAAAGCUCACUUGAAUCUAUCGGUGCAAAUUAACACAUAAAUGUGCUUCCGCGUCCUAGAAUGUGAAACCACAACUUGCCUGAGAAUCGUGAUGUUUAAAGUUGUGAUUUGUGCGCUUUCAUUCUGCAAUGCAGACACAAGCAGCUGAUGGCUCAUUAGGCAGAAAACACUGACGCGAACAUUUACAUUUUAUAGCUAACAAACUAAACUGCGUUUUGUUUUUGCAAAAAUGUUUUGCGUAUAAAAUACUGUGGAAAAAGCACAUUGCUACAGAAGAAAUGUUUCCUGCUGAGUAUCUGUGACUCAAUCAAUACUAUACCAAAAUGUUUCUGUGGCUCUGAACGUGUAAACAACCUUUUAUAUUCUUCUGAAGUUUAUGGACCAAAGCUUGGAGCUUCUGUUUAGUCUACGUUUCCCAUGAUGCAUCAUUAUUGACUAAUGAUCACUUACUAGCUGAAGGGUUGAAAGUAAACUUGUGUAAUAUUUACAUACACUGAUCAUUUCUCUGUAAACAAGGAGAAAAAUAAUUUACUUGAAUUCUAAAUAAAUGUCAGGAAUGAUGAUACUGCAUUUUAUUUAUUUUAGGAAUGUGAUUAAGCUUAACCACUUUUGACUGUCAGUAAAAUAUAUUGUAUAUUUUCAGAGUGUUGUAAUUCAAAAAGGAAUUUGUAAAGUCUUACAUGAAAUAUUUUCAAUAAAACAUGUAUUCUAAAAAGAACAAAGUAA